AUGGGAACCUUGGAGGUGGCAAACGGUAACAGUGCUAGCACGGAUGAGGACAUGGCUGAGAAGCUGAUGGACUACUUCAAAAGUGUCUAUCGUCCGUCUCAGGGUAAUGGAUUCCGGAACCCUCUGGUGGAUGCCAAUGAAAACGAGCUGCAGAUGCUAGUCGUGAGGGAGGACGCGGUACAGACCGAAGUCAGAAGCCUGCGCAAUCAUGAAGUGGCUGGUCCUGAUGAGAUCCACCCAGCUAUCGUCCAGCCACUAGCUGAGGCCAUACUAGGACCUGUGUAA